GGCCUGUACAACGAAAGAGGUCGAGUUUGCAGGAGACUCGAGUACGAGAUAUCAAGACGAAUACUGCCUGUCCACGAUCUUGUCGAGGUGUGGAACACGCUUCCGCAAGGUAGCUACUGGGUUGGCAAGAUACUCGACCAUAUUCGACGUCGUCUAGUUACGAAAUAGGAAUCGAAGCAUUGCCCUUGUGGGAGGGAACAUCAAGAUCAACGCCAUUACUGCCUCUACGUAAUGCUGGCCCACAACGCUGCCUUUUCCGCCUGGGUUGAGUGCGGUAACUUCAGAUACGGCCCACAUCUUCUCACACGCUUUGGACGCGGAUGCGAGAGUCCAAGACGUAUGGCCAGGAUGGGGAAGUGGAUCAUGGAUAUUGAAGAUAUGUCGCCUUUGCCUCUUGGUAGGUUCCCGACAGGACCCAGCUUCGGAGGGUAUGGCAAACGGUUCAAACGUCCGAUACGCAUUCUUCGCAAAGAUAUCCAAGGACGGUACGAGCUUGAAUAUGACGAUGACGAAGAGCGUUAUGUGGAAGUGUACAACGAUGGUUGGGGGAUGAUCAGCGCCUUGACCAAUACCAAUCUCGUAACUACAGAGGCCAGUCGAGUGUGGUUGGAGGCUCGAGGGUAUCUUGGAGUUGCUGGAGACCAGCAGCGUCGAAUUGACUCGGGCAUCGUCAUGGAAGGGGACUGCGUUAGGGACUCGGUGGGAGAGGGAAGUAAAGAGGGGUUGAUUGUAAUGCCGUGGUGCUCGGAUAAAUUCUCAUGCUGA